GACGACGUCAGGCGACGUCGACGACGUUCUCCGUCGCGUACCCCGCGCUACUGUCACCCAAUCCGCUCGUAAUUGCGUCUGGACUUAAUUAUUGGGGCUGCCUAUUAACAUCGUGAGCCUACGAAACCCCAGAGCAACCCCAAUAAUUGGAAAAUGUCCGGAUUCGCAGCGGCGGGUCUCGUAGCCUUUGACUCCUUUAAGACGAAAACGUCGCAGAAAUUAUCCGGAUUCAGAAGGAAUAAAACCGGUUACGAGGAGUUCGAAGGCCCGCACGAGGGUAGCAAGGACAAUAGGGGGUUCGAGGAUGAGAGGGAGUACAGUAGACAUGCCUCGUUCGAGUCACUUCCGGAACCGGAGAGACCACCAUUACGUCAUAUUGAUACAUAUUGCAUGCCGGAAUGUCCGUGUCUUUCCAAGAGAUACACUAUCGCGACGCUGGCUUGCUUAGGAUUCGUUAUUUCGUUUGGCAUGAGAUGUAACAUGGGGAUGGCCAAGUUGGUGAUGAAAAAUACCACGGACGGCGAAAACAGCAGUAUCAAAUUUAAUUGGACGAUCGGCGUGGAAAGCGCCCUCGAUUCGUCCUUCUUCUGGGGUUACCUGGUGACGCAGGUGCCCGGUGGCUUCCUCGCGUCGUUAUAUCCCGCGAACAGGAUAUUCGGCACCGCCAUCGCGAUAUCUUCCUUCUUGAAUCUGCUGGUGCCCGGCGCGUUGAAGGUGGAUCCUAUCGUCGACAUGAUCGUGCAAGUGUGUAAGGGACUGGUCGAGGGUGUUACGUAUCCGGCGUGCCACGGUAUUUGGAAAUACUGGGCGCCACCUUUGGAAAGAUCACGUCUGGCCACGUUAGCGUUUUGCGGAUCGUAUGCCGCGAUGGUGAUAGGUAUGCCGCUUUCCGGAUAUCUGAGUGCCUGGUUCGGCUGGACGGCGUCAUUUUACUUUUAUGGCGUCUGCGGCCUAAUUUGGUACGGUUUCUGGUUGUGGCUGGCGUUCGAAAAGCCGGCGAAACACCCGUGUAUCUCGGCUCGGGAAUUACGCUACAUCGAGGACUCUCUCGGUCAGGGACAAACGCAGCUGCCCGUACCUACUCUGUCGACGACGCCUUGGCGAAAGUUUCUCACCUCCAUGCCCGUAUACGCCAUUAUCGUCGCCAAUUUCUGCAGAUCGUGGAACUUCUAUCUGCUGGUGCUCUUUCAACCGCGUUUCAUGCACGAAUCCUUCGGGAUGCCGCUCGUCGAGACUGGAGUGAUCGGGUCGCUUCCUCAUCUGUUGAUGACGAUGAUUGUACCAUGCGGUGGUUUGUUGGCGGAUUAUCUCCGUAAACGUGGCAUCAUGACGACGACGAAUGUCAGGAAGGUUUUCAAUUGCGGUGGCUUCGGAAUGGAGGCGCUCUUCUUCUUGGUGGUGGCACACGCGACGACGUCCAGGAAUGGAACCGCGGCUACGGUCGCCCUCGCGAUCGGCGUCGCGUGCAGCGGUUUCGCCAUUUCCGGCUUCAACGUCAAUCAUCUGGACAUCGCGCCCAGAUACGCCAGCAUCCUAAUGGGCAUGUCCAACGGGAUCGGCACCAUUGCUGGUCUCUUGGUUCCUUUCUUCGUGGACAACAUCACGGAGAAGAAGGAUGCGCAUAGUUGGCGAAACGUUUUCAUCAUAGCAGCGUGCGUCCACAUCUUCGGAGUGACGUUUUACGCGAUUUUCUGCUCCGGCGAGUUGCAACCCUGGGCCGAUCCCACACUAGAGGAACAGAAGGCCUGGAAUCAGAUGGACGAGUUCGGACAGACGAAACCGCCCGUGCCACCUCCGCCGAAAACCAUGCAAUCUGAAUUUAUAAAACAACCGUCCCGGGACGGAGUCGGCGAUGACUGGAACACUUACGAGCAACCGGCGCCUGAGAAUCACAUGUACAUGCAACAGGACAAUAAGGCCCCCGUGAUAAGCUACGGUUCGACGGAGACCCAAAGUAACAAUCCGUUCCACUCGACGAAUCCGUUCGCCAGCGACAUUAGCGCGUCUCUUGUGCAGCCACCGGCAACGGACAACUAUGCGCACGACGUUGUGCACAAUCAGCAGUGGAAUUGAGAAUGGUCGGCCUCCGGAUAGAGCGAUCGGAUACGAGAAGAGUAGACUGCGUUCUCCUGAGGUUGUAGGUCAUACAUUAUCAUUAGCCGUCAAUCUGCCGGUUCCUCGGACAUACUGCGUUUUCAUUUUACCGGAACUCGCGAAAGUGAAGCUUGCAAAGAUCGCAGAUUCGCGAUUUUGUUUUCCUUGAGAGAAAAAUGUUGUCGAACCUAUUUUAUUUUCCUCCUCAAGGAAAAUAAAGCGGAAGUUUAUA